CCUCAAAACAGCAUCAUUCAUCACCCCCUUUUGUUCUCUUUUUUUUUUUCCCUUUCCUUUUCUUUGCUAUUGUGAUUCCUCUAAAGACCGAGGUGAACGCUAAGCCGAGGGAGGAUGACGACGAGCCCGAAGAAGGAGAGAUCGUCGGCAACCAAGACUCGGAGUCGUCGAAGCCUUCGAAGGGAAUUGCGCCGCAGUCUCACGCCCUGGAGCACUCCUGGACCUUCUGGUUCAAUAGCCCUGCCGCAAAGUUCGCCAAGUCCAAGCAGGAGGAUUGGGGCAGCUCCAUCGGCCCGAUCUACACCUUCAUUACCGUCGAGGAGUUCUGGAGUUUGUGAUAGAACAAAUUUGGCCAUUUUUUGGUGGUGGAAGAACCCUCGCAGGAAGGAGGAAGAAGCCCAGAACUCACAGAAGGGUUCUCAGGGAGGAGGAAGAAGCCGGUCUUAGCAAGUCCCAUGGUUUGGGGAGUGCCUCGCUAAGAACCUUUAAGAUGGCCUCUAGUCCACACGAGUCCCCUUUAGUCCCACUUAACUUAGUCCCAUCACCUAUCAAACAUGGGACUGUAGUCCAAUCCAGUCCAGUCCCUCCUAAGGAGGUGAAACAAACGCCCCCUUAAGGUCUUAUGCGCAUCUUCUGAGAUUUUUUUCCCUUUUGGACAAAAAAUUUAAACCAAAUACUGUAAUGUUUCAACAUGUAAAGUUGAUCUACAAUCACGAGCAUACUUCACUCCACCUAAAAACUAACUUUAACAAUUAUCAUCCCAAAAUUGUCCCUAAUUUAUAUAAAGUGAAGCGACAAGGAUAAU